CGACGGCCGUCGUCUUGUGACGUUUGCACGAAUUAUUAUUAUUCGGCCAUCGGGACCGCGCGCCGCCUGCCACCGCCGCCGCCGCCGUGUAGUCGUGUUAGUGACGUGCGUGACUCGCCCCCGGCGGCGAUUGUGUAACAUUUUCGCCCCGCGGCCGAAAAUGGUGCGCACCAAGUGCCUAAAUAUGGAAUGAGGUGGAUGAAUACACACUACCUCCACGGGAAGCGCGAUGCUUUCGUUUGGUUCUCUUCGGUUUCCAUCCAGAAAUGAUUUUAUUUUAGACACAUAUCACAAUAGAAAUUGAUGCAUUCAAGAAGCAUGAAGAAGCAAUAAACCAGCUGUGAUCUGUUUUGUAAUUAUUUUUAUAUAUACACAUCGAAGGGAAGAAGAGAAGAGAAGAGAAGAGACAAUGGAAGCAAUGCAAUAUGAGCAAGCGAGGAACAUGACCCUGCUGUUCUUCUUUGAGAGACUGCUGGAUAAAGGCGAGCCGCGUACAUUGCACGACCUCAGCUGCCAGUUCGGCUCCAAGGGCUUCACCAAGGAGAUGCGACAGAUUGCUGGCGGGUCACAGAGUGGCCUCAAGAAAUUCCUAGCGCAAUAUCCUUCGCUGUUUGCCAUUGAGGGCGACUAUGUGAAUGUCAGCGAUGUUGACUUGGACAAUAAUAAAGAAUCUUCCGGGUCUAAAGACUAUGCGAAACAAGCCGUGGAUUAUUUCUCCGAGAAACUCUCACAAUACGGCGACUCCACCGAGGUGCCAAUCCGCAGCCUCCUUGGGCAUCGUUCACAAGCCAGCCCAGAGGUGCGGCAUGUCUCCGGGCAGCACUUCCACGAGUUCCGCGAGUUCCUCCUCAAGAACCCUGAGAGUUUCCUGGUUAAUGAUGAGAAUGAAACAGUGGUAUUGAAGAAUUUCGCAACAUUCGCGCCGAAAACCAACACGCAUCUGAAUUUCGACGUGAAAGUCGAUGUGGAUCCACAACAAACACAAUCCCUGUUAGAUUUCUUCGCGCAGUGCAUUGAUGUAAAAGGACCCAUACUGGUCGAACAACUGUUUCAGGUUGUCAGUUGUACACUACCAGAGGAACGCUGGUCGAAUCUAUUCAACACUCCGCAGCAUCUCACGAGUUUCCUGCGUUUGUUCGCGGAUAGUUUUCAUAUACAAGCGAAUUUAGUCACGUUAUUACAACAUCCAAAGGUGACUACUCCUGAGAAACCCGCUGAGAAGGUAGAGAAACCAGUUGAAAAAGUUGAAAAAGUGGUCCCGGUUGUAGAUGACAUCGUAAAUCAAACAGAUGAUGAUAAAACCAAGCAAUAUCACAGUGUGAGUCCAACGGUUUCCGGGAAUAACUCACCGGCGACGUCACCACUUCCGUCUUUAACACCCAGCUCACCAGCGAAGAUGUCUAUAAGUGACAGGCUCAAACAACCGAAGAUUCAAGCAGCUGAGCAGGAGAAACAACAACAAGAGUUGGAAAAAAUCAAAGAACAGAAAAAGAAAGAAGAAGAGAAUAAACUAAAAGAAAAACCUAAGGAAACUAAAGAAAAAGAACCGCUUGUGCCAAAGUUUAAACUCGGCUCACCACCAACAGAAGAAUCCAAACCCUUGGAAAAACAAUCACUCAAGCAACGCAUCAAUAAUCUUGUACUUAAAACCCUCCAGGAGAACACCGGCCGUGAUCAGAAGCAGUUACUCAAUCAACAGCUCAAUAACAUCAAUCAAACACUGACAAAUCAACCAAUAUCAUCAACACCAACCACAACUGGAAUAAUCAACAACACUCCAGGUGUAGUUGAUAAAGAAACAUGGAAGAAUAAAAUCUUCCAGAGCACCAGAGUCAUCUGCAAUGAAAAAGAAUGUCUAUUGGUGAUUAACGACAUCAUGAAACCUAAAAAACCCAUAAAAAACAAAAUUAAUAAACCACCAGAAGAAAUCUUCGCGUUUGAUGAAGAUAAAACCGUCGUAGCGUUUGAUUGUGAAGGGAUAAACCUCGGUGUGAAGGGCCAAAUCACCCUGAUGCAGAUCGCGACCUUCCAGAGACAAAGCUACAUCUUUGACUUGAUCAGUUGUCCAGCUAUGAUCAAUCAAGGACUGAAGAGACUCUUAGAAAGCCCGGAUGUGGUGAAAAUCAUUCAUGACUGCCGGAAUGAUUCAGUCAACCUAAAUCAACAAUUCGGGAUUAAUUUAAGUUGUGUUUUUGACACGCAAGCCGCGCAUGCGGUGUUGACAUAUCAGGAGACACGCAAACCCGUCUACAAAGCGAAAUCUGUUGCAUUGAAUGCUUUAUGUCAACAGUAUGGAGCAUUCGUGAAUCCUAUGAAGGAACAAUUGAAGAAUGUCUAUCGUAGAGAUCAGAAAUACUGGAGUAGGAGACCUUUGUCAAGAGAAAUGAUACUGUAUGCAUCUGCGGAUGUAUUGAGUUUGAUUCAUGAGAAUCUCUAUCCGGCGAUGAUCAAAGAAAUCAGCGACAAUAACAGGAAGUUACUCCUGGAGUUAUGCGAUGAGCAAAUCUUCCUACAUAUAAAUCCAGAGAAUGUCAAACUGAGGAAGAGACAAAGAAAAACCGAAACAGAAGUCGCAGAAUUACGCUCCAAGUUGAGUCAAUCAUCAAAAUCAGUUGUAUUAUCAAAUCGUGAGGUCCGACUGUUGAGAUACAUUGAAUUAACUGAAGAAGAGAAAGAAAAAUUAAAAUCCUCCGCAAAAGUAGCGAAAAAACUCGAGAAAUUAGAAAGUUUAGGUAAAGAAGACGACUCAUCAUCAGAGGAUGAUAAUGAUUAUCCUUCCAUAGAGUCGGAUAACACAACAUCCCCACGUAAUUCCGAACCUACUUCUCUUACUGAAAGCAUGCAGAUGGUGGACACGAUUCUAAGCGAUAAUAAAAUCGACCGUAUGGAUAAAAUUGACAAACUCGAAGCGAUUUUAUCCGCGGCGUCGUUAUUACCAGGGGCACAGGAAGAGAAAUGUUGCAGUUGUAAUUGUCACAUGAAUGGCACAGCGACAAAUGAGAAGAUUAUUGAGGCACGUGCAGGUUUCCAAUCAAUUCCAGGCGAGGAAAUUCCCCAGGAGGGUAAAACAUCAAUGGAAACACAAACUUUAAGCACAGGGGAUAUUGUCAUCACCAAGAUCUACUUCAAUGAGAAUGAGAAUGUUGAAUGACGAAGGUGAACGUGAUUAGUUCUUACUUAUACUUAGCUCAAUUGAAAUUUAAGUCAAUAUGCUCACAAUCAAAAUUUAGAUUUAGCUCUGGAUGGAAAUUUUACGUACUUAUUGCAUUAAUUUCAAUUUCUUUCUCAUCAUCCCAAAUUUAUAUUUAUAUUUUAUACGAAUUGGUGCUUUUAACUUGUUGCAAGACUAGUAAUAGUGAUAGUGAUUAAAUUAUUAACGCUUAGGGUUAGUCUAGACUCGAAAAUUGUUGUUUUAUGGGAGUUUUCUUUGGAUUUAUAUGAUGCCAUUGGAGUAAUCAUAGUUUAGUUGAAUGUUUUUUUAGCCCAAACACGUUUAUAUCGAUAAGAAUCCGAUAAUUGUCCAAUACAAUGGCCUUAAUAUCUUAAACUUAUAUUUAUUUCUAGAAAAUUUGAUGAUUUCGCCGGAAAUUGCACGAAUUUCCCGGUUGAAGUCACGUUAUACGUCGCGGGUGGAUGUCUAGGGCAAUUUUUAUGUAUGAUAUACAUUAAUUUCAUUGCUAAUGUUUUUUUUAAUGAAUUAAUCGAAAGUAAAAACGACUCACCAAUUGUAUGGAGAUAUUUUUCCAUUUCAAAUCGAUUCAAUCAUCGGAAAUGAUUGAAUAUGUUAUUACGAUGUUAAAAAUAAAGAAGUUAUUAACAGCA